AUGCUCGCCUUUUCUGAGAAGCGCUUGGCGUUUAUGCGGCAUCUCGGAAUCACGGAGGACGAUGUAUUGGAUCCUUCAUUGGUGACAGGGGAAGCUGGGAGUGAAAAAAAUUUUCCCAAAAGUCGCUUGGCUGGUAACUUGGUCCGUGAACCGCCUCUGAAUGAGGACUGCCUCAAGACGACUAGCGCAGUAUUUCCGGUCGUGGAUCCAGCCGAAUCUAAGGCGAACCACUUAAAAAAAGAAAAGCCGAUACAAGGGAAGGGAGCUGAUGGAAGGCGUAACACUGGACUCUCAGCUGAGCAGUUGAAGGUCGAUGGAAACCGGGCAUUUGAGGAUGGGCGCUACCGUGAAGCGUUGAACUACUAUACGAAUGCUAUAGAGCUUCUUCUUGAUUCAGGUAGUUACCAACUGAAAGAGAACGGUCAUCUAAAUACAAAAUGUAAUGGGAUCAUCGGGCCUGGAUUCGGUGGGUCUGACUCGAGGACUAUUUUGCUUGCAGCCUUGUUCAGUAAUCGAUCAGCCUGUUAUCUCCAGGCCUCCAAACAAAUAGGAGCAGCUGAAGCCCUUGAAAGUGCUAUACGUGACGCGGAUCGCGCGGUUGAGCUUCGCCCAACUUGGUUUAAAGGUUAUUCUCGACAAGGUGAUGCGUUUUUCAAAAUGAAAAAAUACCACCAAGCAACCGAGGCAUAUGAGAUGGCAUUGCAGUUUGAUCCUGGAAACAACAAUCUUCUCCAGUCAGUAAAAGAAGCUCGACAGCGUGGUGCAACAGAGGCUCGGGAAAGCAUACAUCACACCAAAAGACAUGCUACAGUGGGACGUGGGGAGCGAAAUGCCGCACCUGUUACGUUUGUGCCGGUGGCAGUUCCCGCACCUGCUAAUAUUUCUUCUGGCACUGCUAAUUCGGGAAGGCGUGAUAGUGCUCAGCUCAGAACUUCUGCGCGCCAGCUUUGGAGUGAAUUUAAAUCAGAGGUUGAAGCUUCUGUUCACAAGCCGACCGGUGAUGAUUACAGACGAGAGCAAUUACGGUUGUUUCGAGAGCAGAAGGAGCGUGAGCGGAGCGGAGUUACAUUAUCCCCUUCUUCGGAAAACCGAAGUAACGAAGAGCCGUUUCGCAAGGAAACUACGACAGAGCAGAAGGCUCCUGGAGGUGCUGCUUCCACAAGCAACGCGCCUCCUAGGAAGGGAAGAAGUGAGGCAGUGCCGCCGGAGUUUUCAUCAGAUGCUGCUGCGGCAUAUCAACAGCGUCUUCUUGAUGAAUUUAGGCGGAGAAAGGCACAACGGAUGUAA